AUGACCAGGAAGGAUGUAAGACAGGGUCUAUCACAAGUGCUUUUGCCUAUCAAUGCAGCUUCGAUGAGACAUUACAAAUCAAAUAUUAUAGAUGAGCCAUCAGAUAAGGACUGCAAUCCUAAUGAUCUGGAUCAUGCUGUUUUGAUAGUUGGUUACAAUGUGUAUGUUGAUACACAUGGCCGCGAAACUCCUUACUGGAUAAUAAAGAACUCCUGGGGCGAAGAUUGGGGCGACAAGGGAUAUUACUACUUGGUGCGUGGGCGUAAUGCAUGCGGUAUCGCCUCAGAUGUGUCCUUUUCUGUAGUAACUUGA